AAUGGCUCCAGUAGGAAAGGAAAACCAGCAAGUACCUUUGCCCUUUCCAAAGACCCUUGACAAACCAGGUUGGAAGGAAAACACUUUGCUGGCUGCAGGCACUUCGAGUAGCAGUAAGAUCCCGGUGCUUUCCAAAAGCAGACACCCUCCAGAGUGGAGACAAUCCCAGCCACAGCCAUGUUCUUUCAAAGCGAGGACUUACGAGAUGUCUCAUUCCAAUCCAGUUCUGGAAUUGGCAGUUGGGUUAGCCCCCAAGACCCCUACCAGAGAACCCUUAUCAGAGAUGCAGUUAACCACCCCCGGUUGUAGGAAUGAAGGUGAUGUGUCUCAUGGCAAAGAAGUGAACACAGCCGAGUUUGUGUCUGAUCCAGAAGCUCUUGCCAGCAUACUAUCCAACACAGGGCUGACUCACCAGACGGUGAGUGCAGCCCACAAGCCCAGCCUAGCCCAGCGAGUUCCUCUGAAAGGGAAGAGAGCACGGUUUACCAGCAUUGGGAAGGCCCAUACCUCCCUGGAUACAGAGGCUCCUACAGUGAACCCUUCUCGCACGUCCCAUAUCUCCAUGUCUGCUUCAGCAGAUAUAGAUCGCCCACAGUCUUUGCGCCUUGCCUUGGAUACCCAACAACUUAAAACGUUGUCAACUACACUCAAGAACUGGAAGCCUGGGGUGGAGAUGGCAAAGGCCAACCAACCCACAAAGACCGUGAAAGGGGACAAUUCAACAUCCAGUCUGGAGGCAAAACAUCCGAGCAACGUUGCUGGGGGCAAUCUGUCAACGCAAAGCAGCUCGGCUGGGAGGAAGGAAAUCACAGGAACCUCUGGGAAAGAGGAAGUGUUCACGCCAGACCCAGCAGCGAAAGCAAGCAUCCUUUUGAACAUAGGCUUGAGCCAGUCUGCCCAUGGAGCCAUGGGCAAAAUGAGCCUGGCCCAGCGGGUACCGUUGAAGGAUGCUCGGAAACUGUCAGUAAUGUGUGACAAUAUGCAGACACCAAGUGCCCAAAANCUUUUGAACAUAGGCUUGAGCCAGUCUGCCCAUGGAGCCAUGGGCAAAAUGAGCCUGGCCCAGCGGGUACCGUUGAAGGAUGCUCGGAAACUGUCAGUAAUGUGUGACAAUAUGCAGGGGGAAGGUCCCUCUCUGUCCCAGCCCCGCACGAGUGUGAUGUCAGCAGGGAAGUACGGCCGUGUGCUCUGCCGUACUACUCCAGGCCCUAAAGGUCUAGCUUCUGGAGCUCAGCAAACUACCACAACGCUUAAGAGGUGUUCCAAUGCUGAAUGUACACCUUAUGGACUAGCCAGAAGAAUUCCUAUUACUAGCUCUCAAUCCUUGCGUUGCUCACCCUGGAUACGCCACCGUACACCUGUUUCUUCCCGUACGACGGACAAAAGGGUCAAAUUUUUAGACAGAGUCACUGGACCGACGGGAGCUGUUGGUUCCAAAGAGGAAGAUGCCCCUGUGCCCUGGGGGAAAAUAGCUGUGCGCCUUUUUGAUGAGGAAAUGGCAGCAUCGUUGAAGAAAGUGCCAACUGUUCCUGCGAUUACCAAAGAAAUGGAAAAGCUUCAGCGUGUUGAGUACCUUGCCCAGCUCUUGCAGCAGGAGAUGGACGGUCACAUUGAUUAUGAGGAGGCCCCUUCACUAAAGAAAUUGCACAAGUGCUUGACAGUUCACGGCUCACCAACCCUGGCGGCUUCCAAGCCCGAACUAUCUCCUACGCCUCCCCAGGAUCCUAAGCCAAGCUUGUCUGAAGAGGCUCCAGACUUAACUGUGACUGUUACCUCUACACCUACCUCCACCCACACCACUUCCAGCCAGCUGCACGUCUGCCCCAGCCCCUCCCUGCAAGAAGUUAGCUGCCCCUCAUCCGGUGCAACGAGUACAGGUCUUGCAAAACAACGGUUGGAUCACCUCCGUACUGCCCCCCUUCGUUUCCAUGAAGCCUGCCUAAAUGACGAAUGUGCCUUCUACACUUCUCGCCUUGCCUCCCUGACUCGGCCCUCGGCGCAUCGGUGCCAAGAGCCGGUGGCAAAAAUGCUGAACGCUCACGAUACCAUGCACUUUACACCCAUCUCUGCAACUGCACUUCUUUCCCCACCUUGAGGAAGAAAGGACUCCACUCUCCUGAAAAAAAGGAGCCAUGCCACUGUUUUGGGGUUGGUGGAUGGAGACAGAAGCACUUGGCAGUUGUGAAAAGGGAAGAGAAACAGCUGCAAAAGCCAUUCUGUCAAGGAUACACUAAUACUAUAUAAACAGGG